CAAAUCAAUAGAUGUCGUUGCGGUACGUAACAGUGUCCUUUAAGUCUUUGAUCAGAUGCUCCGUUGAAUGUAAUUUAAAGAGAAAUGGGUAAUUACAUUGCUACUUACAUAACACAUCCUGAAACAAUGCCCAAUUCCAGUGGACCACCAACAUUUGAUCCAAUGUUUGGAUUUUCAAACGGUCGGAAACCCAGAGAGAUGAAAGUAUCAGAAGAAGAUAUGAUAGCUGCACGAAUACCACUUAAGCAACGUGAUUAUUGUGCCCAUAAAUAUUUGGAGUUACACGACUGUAAGAGAAUUCAUUAUCCCUUCAUGAUAAAGUGUGCACACAAAAGACAUGAGUAUUAUGAAUGCUAUGUCGAGGAUUAUGUUCUAAGAAUGAAGGAAUAUGAAAGAGAACGCCGUUUGCUCGAGAGACAAAAAAGGAUAGAACAAGCAGCCGCAGCGUGAAAAUCUUGUAUAGAGCUUUGAUGAAUUUUGAUUGUUGUCGUCAGUAAUUUAGGAUGCACGAAGGUGUUGUGUCCACCUUGUAUAUAAAUUAUAUCAAUAAAAUAUAUAAUGAUAGAUUUUUCAC